UGUCCAGUCGGGCAGACAUGGCCAUCGGCUCCCUGACCAUCAACGAGGAGAGGUCGGAGGUCGUGGAAUUCUCCGUCCCGUUCGUGGAAACCGGCAUUAGCGUCAUGGUUUCACGGAGUAAUGGAACUGUGUCACCAUCAGCAUUUCUGGAGCCCUACAGCCCGGCGGUGUGGGUGAUGAUGUUUGUCAUGUGCCUGUCGGUGGUUGCCGUCACUGUCUUCAUCUUCGAGUUCUUCAGCCCCGUGGGAUACAACCGCAGCCUGCAGAGCGCCAAGAAGUCCGGGGGGUCAAAGUUCACCAUUGGGAAGUCGGUGUGGCUGCUGUGGGCGCUGGUCUUCAACAACUCUGUGCCUGUGGAGAACCCCAGAGGAACCACCAGCAAGAUCAUGGUGCUGGUCUGGGCCUUCUUUGCCGUCAUCUUCCUGGCCUCCUACACCGCCAACCUGGCCGCCUUCAUGAUCCAGGAGGAGUACAUUGACACCGUGUCCGGCCUGUCAGACAAGAAGUUUCAGCAGCCUACAGAGCAGUACCCUCCGUUGCGUUUUGGAACGGUACCCAACGGCAGCACCGAGGAGAACAUCCGCUCCAACUAUCCCAACAUGCACCAGUACAUGAUCCGCAACAACCAGAAGGGGGUGGAGGAGGCCAUCGACAACUUAAAGACGGGUAAACUGGAUGCCUUCAUAUAUGAUGCUGCUGUUUUAAACUACAUGGCCAGAAAGGAUGAAGGCUGUAAGGUCAUGACCAUCGGAUCGGGGAAAGUCUUCGCCACCACCGGCUAUGGCAUCGCCCUCCAUAAGAACUCCCGUUGGAAACGCCCCCUGGACCUGGCGCUGCUGCAGUUGGUCGGAGACGAUGAGAUCGACAUGUUGGAGCGUCUCUGGUUGUCUGGAAUCUGCCACAACGACAAAAUCGAGGUGAUGAGCAGUAAGCUGGACAUCGACAACAUGGCAGGGGUCUUCUACAUGCUGCUGGUGGCCAUGGGCCUGAGUCUGCUGGUGUUUGCAUGGGAACACUUGGUCUACUGGAAACUACGGCACUGCAUGAAGAGGAGCGGCGGAAUGGACUUCCUACUGGCACUGAGCAGGGGCAUGUACAGUUGCUGCCAAUUUGAAGACGAGACGACACCGGGAGGGGGUAAAAGUUCUUUGCCCCAGUACCACACCGUGACCUCCAUGCCCAGCCCCCCCCAGCAGCACCUGGUCACCGCCACGGUCAACAACACCACCGCCAUCGCCAUGGUGCAGCAGCAGCCCAAGCUCCACCCGCAGCAGCAGCAGCAGCAGGGCCAGACCUACACCACCAUGCUCCCUGGAUCGCCACCCGCCACGGGCCACUCCGCCGUGGCUCUGGGCCCCUCCAACAGCCCCCUACUGGAGGGGCCCAUGCCCUGCUCCACCUUCCUGCCCCGCCACGACCGCAGACUGGCUGUGGUCGAUCGCUGGAACCGGCAGAAACCUGAAAAAGUCCUGAGCGGGGGAAGCGGCGGCGGCGGAGUGGGCAUCGGGGGCAUCGCGGGGGGCAUCACCGAGCUCCAGGCCCAGCAGCAGUAUCAGCAGAGCCUGGGACAGCACUGGAGCCUGCAGGGGGGGGUCUCUGGCGGAGGAGGGGGCGGAGGCGACGCGGGUCUGGAUGAGUAUAAGAGAUACUACGGACCCAUUGAUCCAGAGGGGCUGGGUGCUGACUCAGAGCAGCAGACGGGGGGGCCCCAGCAGACUCCCAAAGCCAACCCUCGAGGGUCCAAGACCUCAGCUAUGCCACGUCUGCCACCAAAAGCCCCGCCCCCAGGCCCUGCCCACCUCAUCUCCAAACCCCCUCCGCUGCUCCCAUCCUCUCCGCGACGGCCUCCGUUCUGGCGACGGGGGAGCCUCAUUCAGGCACGAAAAAAAGGCUCCGGGGGGCCCCUGUAUGAGAAUAUCCUGCCCCUGGGGAGACGAGGAGGGGGGAGGUACGGCGCUGGUGACGGAGGCGGUAGGAGAGGAAGGCGUCCUCCUCCUCCGCCUCCUUUACCUGUCCCACUGUCCUCCCCAACACACACCCCAACGACGCCCUCCUCCCCCUGCCAUUUCUACUCCACCUACUCCAGUGCCUCCUCCUCCUCCUCCUCCACAUCAUCCUCCUCCUCUUCUUCAUCCUCUGUCUCGCUGUCUCGGUCCAACUCCCCGUCCUCCUGCACCAGUGACAGCUCCUACAACUCCUCGCUGAGUUUCAGGUAUCGAGCAGGCGACCGGGAUUUUACACCGGAUGACGACUACGACUCAGAUCUACUGACGGAGGAAUCCAGCCUCCUCCUGGGGUCACGGAGGAAGAUCCGGUCGCGACGCAUGUCAUCUCGCUCGCUGCCCUGCAGCCCGCCUCCUCCGCCGAUCCCUCCCCGAAAGCCACGCCCCCACAGAGAAUACGGGCGGGAGAGGACGGGCAGCCAACUGGCCCAGCUGCAGGAGUGGUGGGCAUCAUGGGGCGACCGAGAACGAGGGAGGAGAGGAUCGACAAACCGAGGAGACGGAGGAGGGGUAGGGAGGGAGGAGAAGAGGCAUCACAAAGAGAGGGAGCGAGAGAGGAAGAGGAGGAAGAAAGGACGGAAGAAGAAGAAGAGGGAGGAGAGGGAGAGAGAGAGGGAGAGAAAGCGCCGCAAGGCUAAGAAGAAGAGGAAGAAAGAUGACAAGAUCCGGAAAAGAGAGAGAAAGAGGUCGGAGCAAGAGGGAGGAGAUAUGGAAAAAAGGGAGGAGCUGAAAUCGGGGACACCGGACUACACAUCGUACCCUCCCCUGAGGAGGGAGUCAUUUCGGAAAAAAAGCGAGAGCUCAAUUCGGAGUUACGGGUGGAACAUCCCCGAAGAUGACGAGAGAAAAGACGAGAAAGACCGAGAUGAUGGUGACGACAGCAGAGGGAAGGAACGACAUCACAGACGGAGGAACAGCAAACACUACCCCGGUAAACCCUCCACCUCCGUCAAGUUCUGGGGAGGGGGGAACCCAUCUUCCGACACCAUCCCCUCAGCCUUCCUGCCCCUGCUGCCGGUCUCCUCUAAAAGGAGGAAGAGUAAAAGCUCCGACAGGGACGCUGUAGGGGUGGAAGGAGAGAGGAGGCCGUUACUGGGGAGGAACGAGAGGGGAGAGAUCCACUCCAAAGAGGGGCUGUCCUUCCAUGAAUGGGAGUCGGAGGUGGAGGAGGACGACGACUCAGAUCAGGACAGAAGGAAGUCGGAGCGAAGCAAGAGGCACGGAGAAGGAAGGACAAUGUCCGAUGAGGAGCGCGAUAAAGUAGUUGGGAUUUAUUCGGACGACGACGGUUCUUCAGGAGAGUUUGGAAAGUUUGAGAGGUACUGGGAGGACCAUGAAGGCCGGGCAGUGGGAGGGAUUGGAGGGGGGGGGUGGUUUUUCAGCACCUACCCUUCCAGAGACAAAGCCGGCAGCAUCAACAGCAGAGAUGACUUGUUCCUGGAACGGGGGGAGCGGUGGGGGACUGCGGAGAGUGGGUGGGGGUCCAGCGGCGGCGGAGACGGCGGCAGUAGAGGAGGUGGCGAAAGAGGUUGGGGGUCUGGAUCACACUGGCCCCCACCUCCUCUCACGCCUCCACCUCCUCGACGAUACUGGUCUGUGGACAAACUCCACAUCCAGGACGAGAAGAAAAGCAAACGCAAGUCGAAAGACAAGGGGAGGGGCCACGCGGCGUGCUCCUCCUGUCAAUCACCCCGACACCAUCCACACUCCCACUCCUCCAAAUGGGCACGUGUGACGUCGCGAAGCCAGGAGGAGCUUUACCACCACUGCCAGAGCUUUGGUGGACCCCUGAAAUCCAAACACGACUCCUCAUCCUCCUCCAAACCCGAUCGCUCGCAGAAUCCGUCCAAAUCUGGCAGCCAAUCGAACCUCAGCAUCCAGCAGCGGACGCAGAGGGCGGACAGGGAUCGAGGACGGCCGCCGUCCCCGGCUCCUCCCCUCAUCCCCAACCUACCACCUCCUCUGCCUGCCCUCCCAGCUCCUCCCUCCGCAUCCCACCCUAUCCACCCGCCCACCUCCUCCUCCUCUGUGUCGUCUCCCUCCGUGGUGUCGUCCACCCAGGGGGCCCCCCAGGCCCCCUCCUCCAUGACCUCGGCAAGUGCCAAACUGCAGUACCAGAGAUUACGCUCGGUCCCCCAGCCCCAGAGGUUUCCUCAGUCGCCCCACUUACCCCUAAAGGCCAAAAGCCUCUGCUCCCGACGGGGCUCGGCCCACUUCUCCAGCGUGGAGAGCGAGGUGUGA